CUCCUUGGCCUCCAAAGGAUCAGAUCCUCUCUUUUUAUAAAUCCAGAGGGGAUCUGGAUUUUAUGGAGUUGUUCUAUAAAUGAUAUGAAGUUUUUACGUAUGGGAUGGGAUGGGAAGUUAUUGCAUUGAGACAGGAUGCGGUACAAGAUGAAAUGACACAAGAGAGGAUCCGGAUUUCUCCUGUACUGGGGUGCAGUACAGUAGUGGAUCUCAACUCUCCAUGAAAACAUGUAUGGUUCCUCGCGUGAUCUAUUGUCUCGUUCAUAAUAAGCCAAUAAUAUGUUCAUAUUAUGUAUGUUUCAAUCACAACCCUUUAUUAUUGUACUAUACGCCGUUGUAGUACAACAAUGGAUCUCAACUAUUUAGCAAGACGUUCAUAGUUCUUCACCUGCUAUUGACACGUUCACCAACAGUAGGUUCCAAUCAUUUCAUAUAAUGUGUUUAUAUAUGACCCAUCCCCUAUGCCUGCCUCCCAAUUCAAAGUCCCCCCAAAACAGACCAAACAGACAAGCACAAAUAGGGUACCUUUUUUUUUUUCCCCGGCAACGUUAUUAUCUUUUAAAGAAAACUUUUUUGUGCUACAAAGCCAUCCUCUCCAUCCUCAUUUGUCUCAACUUGGGAAACCUAUUUCAUAGACCCCAACAAAUCCAUGGAUCUUCCAACUGAUUUUGAUGAUCAUGAACUCCAUAGAUGGCCAACUCCUGCUGAGGCCCUUGAAGAAAUCAAAGCAAUUGGCAAGAUCUCAUGCCCAACAGCUAUCACUGGUCUACUUCUAUAUUCAAGAGCCAUGAUCUCCAUGCUUUUUCUUGGACAUCUCGGCGAGCUUGAGAUGGCCGGUGGCUCUCUGGCAAUCGGUUUCGCGAACAUCACUGGCUACUCUGUCAUCUCUGGCUUGGCCAUGGGCAUGGAACCCAUCUGUGGACAAGCCUAUGGAGCUAAACAAUGGAAGCUUCUUGGCCUUACUUUACAAAGAACCAUGCUUCUACUUAUCUCGGCCUCGAUACCCAUCUCCUUCAUGUGGCUUAACAUGAAAUCGAUCCUCUUAUGGUGUGGACAAGAUAAAGAAAUCUCAUCUAUGGCUCAUACUUUCAUCGUUUUUGCCAUUCCUGACCUCUUCUUUCUUUCACUUCUACACCCUCUUCGUAUCUUUCUCCGAACACAGGGCGUUACAUUGCCAUUAACAUACUCUUCAGCAAUCUCUCUUCUCCUUCAUGUGCCUCUUAAUUUCCUUCUAUUAGUCCAUUUCAAGAUGGGUAUUGCAGGGGUGGCCAUAUCCAUGGUUUGGACCAACCUCAACACUUUCCUUUUGUUGUGUUCAUUCGUAUACUUUACCGGCGUGUACAAGGCCUCGUGGGUGGCUCCGAGCAUGGAAUGCCUCCGGGGAUGGGCCUCGUUGCUUGAGCUCGCUGUGCCAACUUGUGUCUCGGUUUGCCUCGAGUGGUGGUGGUAUGAGCUCAUGAUAAUGCUGUGUGGACUUCUUGCUAAUCCAAAAGCAACCAUUGCUUCAAUGGGAAUCCUUAUUCAAACCACUUCUCUAGUUUACGUCUUCCCAUCAUCCCUAAGCCUUGGAGCCUCCACAAGAGUAGGGAACGAGCUAGGCGCAAACCGGCCGGUGAAAGCGCGCAUUUCCAUGAUCGUGUCACUUGCUUGCUCGGUUGCUUUAGGCCUUGCAGCCAUGUUGUUCACCACCUUAGUGAGGCACCAAUGGGGCCGGCUUUUCACGAAGGACGCGGCGAUUCUUGAGCUCACCGCGAUAGCAUUACCAAUAGCCGGACUGUGUGAGCUAGGAAAUUGCCCACAGACCACUGGUUGUGGGGUGCUAAGAGGAAGUGCAAGGCCUAAAAUUGGAGCAAAUAUCAAUUUAGGGUCAUUUUACUUGGUGGGUAUGCCGGUGGCUGUCUUCAUGUGUUUUGUGGCUAAAACCGGGUUUGCCGGGCUGUGGCUAGGGUUGCUUGCAGCUCAGGCCUCUUGUGCUAUGUUGAUGCUCUAUGUGCUAUGCAAAACAGAUUGGAAAGUUCAAGUGGAGAGAGCAAAAGAGCUCACGCAAUCAUCUUCUAUCAGCACAAUAUUACCAAUAUCAUCCUCCUCAAAGCAAGCUCUAGAGUGUAUCAGUAAUGAAGCUAACAAAAUGGCUAAUGAUGUUGAGGUGGUUUUGUGCACUAAUGAGGAGUUAAAGUCAGAUUCACUUGAAAAGAACCCUCUCCUAUCCACACACACAUUGUGCGUUAAUUAGGGUAUCUUUCCAUUCUCUUCCCCUCCCCUCCACCCUCUUGCAGGGAUUCAGAUCCUCUCCAGUUCUUCCCCGUUCUCACCUUUCUAUGUUCAUUAUGUGCACUGUUAGAUUAACAUUGCAACAUGUUACAUCACAGAUACAACGUCGUAUCACUUAGGCAACACAUCUACAUCAAACAUGUAACAUCCAUGUCACAUAUUAUACCCGUGUUGCACAGAUUCUACGAUGUUGUAACAUCAUUUGAUCGAAAAUUCAGCCUUUUUACGUAGUUAAUUCUAAAUUGUUGGGUGUUGAUUUAGACACACUGGAUGACACCGAACCAAAAAAUUGCACGGAAGUGGAUUAGAUGCAGAGUCCACGUGAAAUUUGUUUGUUUUUUUGUUUUUUUUUUUUCACCUUUUUUUUUUUUGCCCUUUUCUUUUUAACGUGUAUUAAUGUAUUUGUAGAAUAAAAAUUAUCAAAGCAUCAAUUCUACAUACUCCAUGGCAGGGCCGGCGGAGCCAGAAAUAAUAGGUUGGAGGGGCCAAAUUAAUUUUAUAUAAUUAAAAUUACGAUUAAUAUAUA